UGGGGCGAGGAGUGGGGUUAGCUGCACGCCGCCAGUCACACAGGGUGCGUGAGCAUCGUCGGGAUAGGGAUUCGGAGUCGGAGUCAGUUGGUGUCGGACGUUCGUGGUGGAACGUCGACGUCGCGUCUGGCUCUCGGUCCACUCGUUCGUAAUUUCUCACGAGGACCAACGCGGUUUCGACGCAGUCUUAGAGUGAACGCGAACGGGAACGUUAAGUGGUUAUGACCGAUCGGUGUUCGAACGAGAAACAACAUCGUCGUCGGAUCAGUUCGAACAGCGUCCUCGAUCGUUAGCGCGUCCGUCGGUGCGAGAUCCGACGGCGAAGGACAUUUCGGUGGAUCGCGGAAAGGGCACUCGCGGUGAACGGUGUCGUGUCGAGUGACUAUGAGUGCGUGACGACGGGACGACGUCGUUAACCGAUCGCUGAGCAAGUUCGGUUGUCCGUGCGCGAGGAACGCGACAUUGUUCUCGGAAUGGAAACGACUCGGCGGUGUUCGUUGGCCCUGUUGGGUAUCGUCUGGUGUCUGUUCGCUAGCGGAGGGCUGAUACGCGCGAGAAGCAUCACCAGUCUGGAGGCACCGAGCGACUGCGAGUGGAAAAAAGACGGCGACGAGGGAGAGAAAGAGCUGGCCUGUAGGGUCAGGACGAUCGCAAACGUGCCCGGCCUAAUUGGCAAUCUCUCGAGCAUUCAAUUGGACUCGAUCAGCUCUCUGGCCUUGGAAUGCAGCGACGUGUUGUUCUUCGAGAGCCAGAUAGACGGACCUCGCGGCUUCUUCUCGCCGCUGCCGCGUCUGGAGAAGCUCCGCGUGGAUUAUUGCAAGAUUCGCAAUCUGCCGGCCGGCGUUUUCUCCUCGGCCCACAAUCUGCGUACGUUGGCCCUGCGGACGCACAACGGCGACUGGUCGGCGAUGACUUUGGAGCUGCACGGAGACUCGCUUCGAGGAUUGUCGGGUCUGCAACAUCUCGAUCUGUCGGACAACAAUCUGUGGACGCUACCGUCCGAAUUGUUCUGCCCCGUGCAGAGCCUGACCACCCUGAACCUGACGCGCAACAAGUUACAGGAUAUCGUCUCUCUGGGUUUCGCCGACUGGGUCGAAUCCUGCACGCCCAGCUUGGAAGUGUUGGAUCUGAGCAACAACGACCUCGGUGCGUUGCCGGAUCGAGUGCUGAACAAUUUGCGCAGCCUAACGGUGCUGAGGUUACAGGAGAACGUGAUCGACGCCGUGGGCGACGACGCGCUCGCCGGUCUUCACGCGCUUCGUUCCCUGAACAUGUCCAGUAAUAAAUUGGUCGCGUUGCCGCCGGAAUUGUUCUCGAAGACGAAAGAAUUGAGGGAGUUGAUCUUGAGCAACAACUCGUUGACGGUGUUGGCCCCGGGAUUAUUGGACAACCUCGACGAGCUUCAAGUGCUGGAUCUGAGCAGCAACGAGCUUACGAAUCAUUGGGUGAAUCGAGACACGUUCUCGAGGCUGGUGCGUCUGGUGAUACUCGACCUGUCGUUCAACGGACUCUCGCGAAUCGACGCCCACGUGUUCAAGGGCCUGUACAGCCUUCAGAUUCUGAAGCUCGAGCACAACGACAUCGACACGCUGGUGGACGGUUGCUUCGGUUCUUUAACGAAUCUCCAUUCGCUGACUCUGUCCCACAAUCGAAUAGCCAGAUUCGAUCCGGCUCACACGAUCGGCUUGAACACUCUCGGCCAGCUGUUCCUCGACACGAACAAACUGAGAACGUUGCACCGUCACGUGUUCGAUAACCUGACCGGGUUGCAAGAUCUCUCGCUGAGCGGAAACUAUCUGACGGAGAUACCGUACGCGGUUCGCGUGCUACGCUCGCUGAAGACCCUCGACCUUGGCAACAACCACGUGUCCAGAAUAGACAACGACUCGUUCGCCGGACUGAGCGAACUGUACGGGCUACGGCUGGUGGACAACAAGCUGGAGAACGUGUCGCGCGACGCAUUUGCCACUUUACCGGCUCUGCAAGUGUUGAAUCUGGCGAACAAUUAUAUCCGUCACGUGGAGCAGAGCGCGUUCGCGAGCAACACGGUGUUGCGCGCCAUCAGGUUGGACGGGAACCAGCUAACCGAGAUCCGCGGCGCGUUCACCAGCCUCUCGACCCUGGUCUGGCUGAACGUCUCGGACAAUAAGCUGUUGUGGUUCGACUACAGUCAUUUGCCGACCAGCAUAGAGUGGCUGGACAUACACGCGAAUCAGAUAAGCGAGCUGGGGAAUUAUUACACGGUGCGGAACACGUUGCGUAUAAAGAUGCUGGACGCGAGCUACAACCAAAUCACCGAGAUAGCCGAGGUGAACGUGCCCGACAGCGUGGAAACGCUGUUCCUGAACAACAACAAAAUACGCGCGGUGGCCUCCGGUACGUUCCUGCAGAAGAGGAGCCUGCAGAAAGUGGUGUUGUACGGGAACGAGAUAAGGAAUCUCGAGGUGAGCAGCCUCGCGUUGCAAACCGUGCCGGAGGAGGAGGAGUUGCCUCAAUUCUACAUCGGGAACAAUCCGAUCCUCUGCGACUGCACGAUGGAAUGGUUGCCUAGGAUCAACGAGAUGGCUCGUCUUCGGCAACAUCCCCGCGUGAUGGAUCUCGACUCGGUCACCUGCGAGAUGGUGCACGCUCGAGCGACGCCUCGACGACCUCUGCUGUCGCUGAAACCGAAGGACUUUCUCUGCCGAUACGACGCGCAUUGUUUCGCCCUUUGCCAUUGUUGCGACUUCGACGCGUGCGACUGCGAGAUGACGUGCCCGGACAAUUGUUCGUGUUAUCACGACCACAGCUGGUCGAGCAACGUGGUGGACUGUUCGAACGCCGGCUACAAGCGUGUCCCGGAACGGAUACCCAUGGACGCGACCGAGAUCUAUCUGGACGGGAACGAGCUCGGAGACCUGGGCAGCCACGUGUUCAUUGGUAAGCGACGCUUGGAGGUGUUGUACCUAAACAACAGCGGCAUCGCCGCGCUUCACAAUUGCACGUUCAACGGCGUGGGCGCUCUGCGCGUCCUUCACCUCGAGGACAAUGCCCUGCGCGAGUUGCGAGGCUUCGAGUUCGAUCAGCUGGAACGGAUGUCCGAGCUGUAUCUGGAUCACAACGCGAUCGCGACCGUGGGCAACACCACGUUCCGCAAGAUGAAGAAUCUCGAGGUGCUCCGGUUGGACAGCAACCGUAUCGUCGACUUUCGACCGUGGGAGGCGUUGCCGAGCGUCGGCGACAGAGCCAAGGUCGCCCUGGAGGGCAACGCUUGGAGCUGCGAGUGCGGCAACGCGGCCAAAUUGCGCGGCUGGUUGGCCGAGCAUCGCGGCGAUCCCGAGAAGAUGUACUGCCGCGACGGCGUCGAGACUCUGGCGCAGGCUAUGAAGCGUUGCGGCGAUCCGUCGACCGAAGCCGUCAGCCGUGGAAUUCAGGAGAUCCCUCUGCUAGGUGGCAACUUCGUGCCGCUUUUAGCCGGCGCCUUGGUGGCCGUGAUCGCGAUCUGUCUGUUCGUCGCUCUCGCCUUCGCCUUUCGCCAAGACGUCCGUCUGUGGGCGCACGCGCGAUACGGCCUUCGUCUCGGCAAGAUGACCACGCCGCCCGACGAGGAACGAGACCGUCUCUACGACGGUUACAUCGUCUACAGCGAACGCGACGAAGACUUUGUCUCCAGGUUCCUGGCCGCGGAGCUCGAGCAAUCCGGGCUCGCUCUGUGCCUCCAUUGGCGAGAUCUGCCCCCGGCGAGGCCGCAGGAAACCGCCGCUCCGUCGGCCGGCGACGUGUGGACCAAGCCUAACGGCGUUUUGGUCGCGCCGGUGCACGCGCCCACGCCCACGCCCACGCAGUCCACCUAUGUCAGCUCCGCGUCCAGCAGGACCGAGGACGAGGACAGCGGCGCGGAACAUCAACACCAGCACCAGCUACAGCACGGUGGUUACAGCGCGUUGCACGCCGGAAACGCGCGACCGGCCAGCCUGUCCUCCAGAGGCAGCCAUCUUUACAGCACCAUACCGGAACCACCGGUGCCCACUGCACCUCCCGGUGAGGUCUUGACGCAUCCGGCGAAUCCUCGUACUUAUUUCGUCUAGUACGGACGAACGUCGUCGGCCGCGACCCACCGUCGCGGAACAUGGACUCUGAUCGAGCCUGCGAUUGUAAAAAGUUCGUUGGAGGGUCGCGGACGCGGACAGGCCGGAAACGUUGUGUAGCUAUUUGUACAGUUUCGUUCGUUGCUCGCGAUCGACCGAUCCGCGUUACGCGAAUCGCUCGGUCCGUUUGCUCUUCCACUAGAAUCGGUCGGUUCGAAAUCUUGUUCGCUGUUUCGAUCUUUGACCCCUCCGACUCGACGCUUCUCGUGCUCGAUUCAAAUUUUACGUUACCUCGACGUUACACGGCUGUAAGUACCGUUUAGUCUGGCAACCGUUUCGAGCUCGUCUAUCGCUAACGAACGAGUAAAUUAGUACGAUAUCACCGAAUCGAACGGUUCUUACUUGGAUCGAUUGAAAUUGUGAUUCGAGCGUCGGGUUCGAAGGGUUAAAGGGUGUAUCGCAACGAGAGUUUGACCUCGCGAGAAAAUUUCUCGAUUGGUCGCGAGGUUGUGACUCUUUCGUAUACCUCGACGUAUGUAAAGGUGAUUGACGAUCGAAAAGAGACAGUUCGUUUAACCCUGCUGGUCUCUUCAUUUGUAGGGACACGAAAGACUAGCGUAUCGUAAACCCCAAAAUUCAGAGAUAAAUAUCGCAAAAAAAGUAAAUAAAAAAGCACACGCGUAAAAGGAAUUUCUUUUAUGUUCGAAUAACCUGGAUAGAAAUAACUGGUGAAAUUUAAUUUUAACUACUAGGUAGGCAAAAUACGUAGUCCUUUAGAUCCCGAUGCAACUCCAAUUACGCGAUUCCUCGAUACUCGACAUAGAUAUAUUUUUUUAGCUGCAACACGCGCACUUAUAAAAAGCUUGUCAAAUUCCUCCGAAAGUGAUCUCUUUUUCAACGAAUUUGUUUCUCUUCCAAUUUCGAACACUCGGUUCUUCGAGUUCGAAACGAUCGCAUCGCGCGUGAAAGUAUCGCGAAAUACAAUGAUCAGCCAGCAAUUUUUCGUUAGCGCAACGGUUCGUUCAAGAACGAUUCGUUAAAAUGAACAGAACAACAGGGUCAAAUACGUUUUCCUUUGUAAAAUAGAAGAUCGAGUCAUUUAUUUUUACGUACUAGCCGAGAGGGAAGAUCGUUUUCCUUCCGCGGAGAUCUACUUCUAUGAAUGUAUUGUACAUGUGUACGUGUACAUUGGCGUAACUGGACAGGGACCAGGGUGGGCCUCCUUAAAUAUGUACCGAGGAUACAGAUCGUGGGAUACUUCGUACAGGAAUUUCGAAAUGUAUAUACUGAAAUUUCUAAAUUUCUAACUCUCCGGUUCUUUAAAUCGAAUCGUUAAAGUUUGAAAUGGCCGAUUCUGAAGUUUUCAGAAACCGCUCGAAGAUCGCGACUAAUAGCGACCGAAAGAAGAAUCCUAGUUACGCCAAUGUGAACGGUGAUAGGCGAAGAGAGUAAGCUUUAGGUGAUAACAUAAUGGCAGUCAAUGAGGACAUAGAUUCCAAUUAUUCUCGUCGCUGGUUAGGGCCUAACACGGACAAACGCAACCCCGGUUCGAAGUAGAUUGUUAUAGCUCUUCUUCGUUGUUGUUGUUGUUGCACGAUCAAUGUCCAGGACACGUCUUCGCGCUGUAUAUUUUCCGAUCGGUACGAUACAGAGAAAGAGCGUGGAUAAAGUGGUGGAUUCGAGGUCGAAUAUUUCCGCGUUGUCGAUAGUUUGACGCGACACGAGGAGAGUUUCGAUCACCGGCUGAAAAAUAACUGUUUCUCGAUUCGGCAGUUUCGCCCGUUUCGCCCGCGACCGCACACCUCGAUCGAUCGAUCGCGAUGCGACCCGCCAGCUGUUUCGCUUUCUCGUCGACGAUGCUGUUAUUUAUUUUACGUUCAACGAGAAUUUCCUCGAUUAUUCGUGAUUUCGUUUUUGUUUCGCGACGGUACGUAUUAACGCGACGAUCGCGUUUGCUUUCGUUCUUUUCACGAGAAAUCUAUACGCGUUCUUUUCCUUUCGUACGCUCGCCUCGAUUCGAUCCGCGCAGAUUUUAGCAGAUAAACUCGCCGGGAAACUCUCGGUACAUCUUUUAUUUAUGGACGUUCGUUUUGCUGAAAAAAUCGAUAUCCUCGAAUCGUUUCGAGCGGAGUUUGCAACAUUAUUUUUCGAACGCUGUAUAAACUAUUGGUUUAGCGCGGAGAACGAUAUUUCUUACGUUUCAUUUUCUUGGAAGAUAUUCCGUGAGUUUCGAUUUUUCAAGAGAGAAGAAAACGCGAGAACGGCGUGUUUCUUAAAUUCUGAAAGAGAAUCAUGUAUUUAUGUUUCGAGGUUAAUUUUAUUUCCAAGACCAUCGUUUACCUUAACGAUCAAGCGUUUUCCUCCGGCGAUUAAAAGCGUUUCUUUUAACCCUUCAUGGAAUGGAACGUUGAAACAACCGAUCUCGACGAUAGCACACGAUGUUAUUCGAACGAAAGUUAGCCGCGUAAUCUUUCUAACGAAAGAGUUUCAUGCUCGAAACUCUCGAGAAAUAAUAUUCCGAGCUAUAGAUUCGAUAGCUUCGCAAAAAUCAAUUUCUUUAAAGCACGUCCUUCGAGGGUUGUUCCAACGUUAAGCACCGGAUUUUUGCGUCAAUCGAAGGUAAAAUUUCUGUACGAUGAUCGAUAAAAAUUAUUUUCUGUUCGAAAUUACGCAGACUUUAUAAAUGUGUUCUUUAGGUUAAUACCGAGCGAAAAUGUACUAUUGUUCAUUUUGUUCUAAGGGUGAAUGCGUUAAAUGGUCCGGUGAAUACGAACGCAUGAAAUACGAUACGCAAUUAAUUAUAAUUAUUCGGAAUAUGAUCAUUUAUUUUCCAAUUUAAACGUUCCAGCUGCCGCUUUACGAAAUUAAUCCGUUGAUCCUAUUUUUAUUAAAACGGUGGCGGUAAUUGGUAAACCCCACGGUAUUCAACGUGUUAAUGCACCGUGUUGAUUCGUAGCCGACGAUUCGAUCGAGCUCGCGUUCGCGAUUAUCGAUAAUAUCAUGGUUCGCGUGUCGAUCGAAGCGGAAUUUAAUGAAAAGAAGACGAGAAUGAUACGCCGUCGCGUGUGCUCCAAAUCUCGAAACGACCUCUUCUUCGUACUAAUCGUAUAUAUAUUUUUUUCUCGACUCGAGAAGCGGAGCAAUCGCGACCCUAGUUCUCAUUCCUGUCGCUCGUUCGUCAAUUUAUUAGUUAGAGAAAGGAAGGAUUUAAUAAUUGAAUAAUCGAAGGAAUCGUACGUUUCUCACGUACAAGAUCUUCGUCGAUUUUAAUCGAACUUCCAGCGAUUUUCUGCGAGCGAUGUUCAGCCAUUUUUCAGAAAGAUUUUCAUUUUUUUCAUUUUCAUUUUCAAUUUUAAUAAUUGUAUCAUGUAGUAUUUAAUUUUAUAGUAGUUGCAAAAUGGCAUGUUUCAAAUAUGAUACAUUAUUUGAUAGUAAACAUUGCAUUCGAAAAUUUGAGAAAAUUUAAUGUAUUUAAUUAUUGCAAAAAGUUACAAUGUGCUCCGUAAUUGCAGCUGCAAUUUAAUUUGAGAAAAAUUUGUGAAACAUGUGAUCAAUUACAUUGGUUUAGUUCAUUCAGUGCCGUGAUAAGAGACAGACUGAAAUUUCAAAUAUUUUGUGCCGAAAUCCGUUUACAAAAUGUUUGAUUAACCACAUCUCCAUUUUCCUACCACAACCAUAUCUUUCUCUAGCGCAUCUUUCUUAAAAUCCGCUGAUCAUGCACCGAAACUCUGAUUAGAUCUACAUACGAUACAGAUGUAGGAAGUUUUUGAUCGAAAUCGACGAAGCUGAUAUUCUCGUUACGCGAUAAAAGAGAAGAGAGAAUGAAUAAAAGACGUCUAGCGAGACAAAGCACACCUCGUUCCUAAGAUUCACGACUGUCUUGGAAAAAGCAACGGUCGCCAAACGCUUAUUAGUCUGUAAGUGGAUCCUCCUGUAAAUACUUGUGUAUAUCUAAGAGAGAAACGUUGUAAAUAAUUCACACGCACACUUGUCGAGCACAUCAAGGUGGCCAGGCACUUGUACCUACGAAUAUAGGGCUGGUCUCGUACGAGAGCCGUGUCACUAUUCGAAAAUUUGCGGAUUUAUCGAUUCUGUACUGUAUUGUUGUAAAUACGCUCAUCGGAUCACGCAUAUACUAUAUAUAUACAUAUAUAUAUUGUAUUCACGAUCUGUUACGUGAUUAUUAAAUUAAUUGCCACUUUCCAUUUCAGCAAAGAACCAUGAGAAAAUAAACACGUUUGUUUUGUAAAAA